AUGGAUCUACGAAUACCACCAUUUCGAGCUGUUCGGAUGGUUAUUCAUUGGUUUUCCCUUUGGGAUAAUCUAGAACGUCAAUUAUUCCUGUCCACAUUGAGUUCCCUGGAAGGAAUCGAUCCCCACUUAUCAACUGAACAACAACCAAUAACUGAUUCAAACGAUUAUAAUGAUAAUGUCAGCGAUCAAAUGAUGGAUAUAUUUUUAGCAGACUUGAUGAAUUCUAAUCUACAAAUCAAUUAUGCACCAUCUACUGUAUUCGAAUGUCAACUGCGCUCAUUUCGCAACUGGUAUCCUCAGUGGCCAAUGGAACAACGUCUUCAGCUUGCAUAUAGUUUAAAAGAAAUACAAUUAAGAUCAACAGGUUAA